UACAUUUGACGUGUAGCGGUACGCACCCAGCGUUGUACUCACUGCUCUCGUUCCUACGCUGUUCCUGGUCCCUCCCCGGGCGAUAUAGAGACCAUCAGCUGUGAGCCUGUGAUGUUUUGCACCCGCUUCCCCGCCAUUUCCUUUCCAACCGAAAGACCCGUUGCUAGGACGCCGCGCCCCGCGCCUUCCGCUUAAACCCCGCAGCGAGAAGCAGCAGUGCAGCACCGCGACAGUACGACACCGCCGCCGCCGCCGCUGCCGCUGCCGCUGCACGUACGGUACGCGCACUGACGCAGCCAUGUACGCAGCGGCACAAUCCUAGACAUACGUACGUUCCGCGUUCCGCAGUUGAGUCUUGAGUAGUCACAAGCCUCGAAGGCCGUUCCCGUUCGAUAGUGCGCCGGCAUGGUGGCCGGGCGCGUCAAGGCGGCUAUGGGCUUCCAGCGCAGCCCCAAGUCCCCAGCGCCGGAAGUGGCGUCUCCCGCACAGACGCCUACACGGGAGCUGUCGUCGGGUUCCGCCUCGCCGGCCGGCGCGGCGUCGUCCAAGGCGUCGUCGUUCGCGCGGUCCUUCGGCUCGUACUUCCCGCGCUCGUCGGCGCAGGUGCGGCCGGCGCGCGCGCCGCCGCAGGUCGCCGAGCUGCUGCGCGCCAUCGAGCAGCUCCAGGAGAGGGAGUCGCGCCUCCGCGUCGAGCUGCUGGAGCAGAAGAUACUCAGGGAGACCGUCGCCAUCGUCCCCUUCCUGGAGGCCGAGCUCGCCGCGAAGAGAAGUGAGCUCGAGAGGUGCAAGGAGACCGCGGACCGGCUGGAGUCCGAGAACGCGCGGCUGUGCGCCGAGCUUGACGCCGCCGCGCUUGAGGUCACGAGCAGAAAGCAGAGGAUUAUUGAGAUGGAGAAGGAAAUGGCAGAGCUGAAGAAGCAACAGGAAGCGGCGGCGGCGGACGCGGAUGAUUGCUCGUCGUCGGCUUCGGCGUCGAACGACCAUCUGGAGACCUCCAGUCCAGCGCCAAACCAUGCUGGUUUAGCUCAACAUGGAGCUGAGCGGCCGUACAUUCCACCGCCGCCAAUGCCGCCGGCGCCUUUCAAGUCCAAGUCCUACUUCUCCGCCUCAUCGCGUGCUUCGCCUGCAAGUUCUUCGCCACCCUCGCCGUCCUCCUCCUCGUCGACUUCACCAGUGUACUCCUGCUCGUCGUCGGAUACGGCGGCUGCACCAAGAAACCGCGUGCCAGAGCUCUCGAAGCUGCCGCCGAUACCUCCGCCGCCGCCACCUUGUCCUCCUCCACCGCCGCCUGCUCCAAUCCUGAGCAAGAGCUCCUCGCCGUCCAUCUCAGCCAGCGUCUGCGGGAGUACAGCCGCUGCUCCACCUCCGCCGCCGCCUCCCCCUCCGGCGAGGAGGCCGUUCGGCUCGUCUCCGCCAGGGUCGUCGGGGCAAUGCGUCUGGCGCGUGCCGGAGGUGGUGGAGUUCUACCACUCCUUAAUGCGGAGAGAGUCGAGGCGGGACGGCGCCGCCGCGAACGGCAGCACCGUGUCGGCGGCGCGCGACAUGAUCGGCGAGAUCGAGAACCGGUCGGCUCACCUCCUCGCGAUCAAGUCGGACGUGGAGAGGCAGGGCGACUUCAUCCGGUUCCUGAUCAAGGAGGUGGAGGGCGCCGCGUUCGCCGACAUCGAGGACGUGGUCACCUUCGUCAAGUGGCUCGACGACGAGCUCUCGCGCCUGGUGGACGAGCGCGCGGUGCUGAAGCACUUCGAGUGGCCGGAGCAGAAGGCGGACGCGCUCCGAGAGGCCGCGUUCGGCUACUGCGACCUCAAGAAGCUCCAGGCGGAGGCGGCCUCCUUCCGCGACGACGCUCGGCAGCCCUGCGCCGCCGCGCUCAAGAAGAUGCAGGCCCUCUUCGAGAAGUUGGAGCACGGCGUGUACAACCUCGCGCGCGUCCGGGACGCGGCCACGAGCCGGUACGCCCGGUUCCAGAUCCCUUGGGAGUGGAUGCAGCAGGACACCGGCAUCGUCAGCCAGAUCAAGCUCCAGUCGGUGAAGCUAGCAAUGAAAUACCUGAAACGGGUUUCCUCUGAGCUUGAGGCGAUCAAAGGAGGCCCUGAAGAGGAGGAAGUGAUGCUUCAAGGAGUACGGUUCGCCUUCAGGGUACACCAGUUUGCCGGCGGUUUUGAUGUGGACACCAUGCGAGCCUUCCAGGAGCUCAAGGAGAAGGCGUCCAUGUGCCAGGUACAGCGGCAGAAGCACAACCGACAUCUGCGGCAGCGAAGGCUCGUUGCCAGGACCUGACCAUGGCGCUCUCAUAUGAACACAUGAUCGAUCGAUGCAUUAUACACCAUUUCAUGGUCACCAUAGUGUCGUAGUUUGAUUAGUUGAUGGUUUCUGUUGUGAAACGCUCGAGUAGUGUCACUAAUGAACAGCCUUUGUUCUUCUUUUUUGGGAGAAAUCUUUUUUCACUGUUGCUUAAUCCUUUUGUCCCUCCGAUAUUCUCUCUAGAGAGCAGGGUUCAGUGUUGCUUGUUCUCAGUUUUUGUCAUGAACAUUGUGAUUAGUAUUAUAAUAUUUGCAGCUAUUUGUUUGC